CAUAGUCUUAGCUAUCAAACAAUACAGAGAGCAGAAAAGAUUGAGAGAGAGAGAGAGAUGGGUAGAGGGCGAGCUCCUUGCUGCCAAAAAGUUGGGCUAAACAAGGGCUCGUGGACGCUCGAGGAGGAUAGGCGCCUUAUCGCCUAUAUUAAGAAGAACGGCCAUAGAAAUUGGAGAGCACUUCCAAAGGAAGCAGGUUUAUUGCGUUGUGGAAAGAGUUGUCGUCUUCGAUGGAUCAACUACCUCCGCCCUGAUAUCAAGCGUGGAAACUUCACAAAGGAAGAAGAAGAUACCAUCAUCAAGCUCCAUGAAAUGCUUGGAAACAAGUGGUCUAAGAUUGCCGCAUGCUUGCCAGGGAGAACUGACAACGAGAUUAAGAAUGUGUGGAACACACACCUUAAAAAGCGUCUCAAGCCUAGUAAGCUAACCCCACUACUAUCAAACACCACAAUCAAACUACAUGAGGGCUCGUUGAGCCCCGCCUACUCUUCCACAACCACCAUCUCUCUUUCUCGUGAAACUAGUAGCAGCAGUGCUGAUGGAGAGGUGUUCUUCUUGGACAAUAUGAAGAUCCCCAUCGACCCCCACCUAGACAUAUGGGAUGUAUUAGAUGAUGUUUCUAUGUCAAUGCCACCAUCAUUGAUGUCAAUGACAAAUGAUACAAAUAACAUUGUUGAAAUCCCCAUAAACGAGUGCGAGCGAUGGCUUACUGACUUAGAGGAAGAGUUAGGAUUGUACGAUAAUGGU